GCGGACCGUCUGGCAGCUUUUGAUAACGGAAGGAACUGGUUUUUUUUUUGUCUUUGUCAUUUCAUUACUUUCUCCGACCUCGUUUUCCCUCCGUGUUUCUAUAUCCAUAUAUAACGUACCGUUGCAAAGAUGUUUAGAACGGCUUUUGCUCGUGCUGCUCGCCAGGCAACACCUCUGUGUCGUCGAGGAUUUGCCUCUGUUGCUGGUGAGGGGGCGUAUACUCAGGAUGGAAAGCGGAUUGUGACUUUAAUCCCUGGCGACGGUAUCGGUCCCGAAAUUUCAAAAUCGGUCGUCAACAUCUUCGAGGCUGAGGGCGUUCCUGUUGUGUGGGAAUCUGUCGAUGUAUACCCUAUUUUGAAGGAUGGCCGGACUACCAUCCCCGAUGAUGCUCUGACCUCCAUUAACAAAAACAAGGUCGCUUUGAAGGGGCCUCUUGCCACUCCCGUUGGAAAGGGCCACGUCUCCAUGAACUUGACUCUCCGCAGGACUUUUGACCUCUUUGCCAACGUUCGUCCCUGCAAAUCCAUCAUCGGCUACAAAACCCCCUUUGACGAUGUUGACACGGUUCUUAUCCGUGAAAAUACCGAGGGAGAAUAUUCUGGCAUUGAACAUGUUGUGGUCGACGGUGUUGUGCAAUCCAUCAAGCUGAUCACAGAGGAAGCGUCCAGGAGAUGCGCCACGUAUGCUUUUGAAUAUGCUCGAGCCAUUGGCCGGGACCGUGUGACCGUUGUCCACAAGGCAAACAUCCAAAAACUCGCAGACGGCCUGUUCCUCUCCGCUGCUCAGGAAGUCUCCCGGGACUACCCCGACAUCAAACUCGAUGAUGUCCUCCUCGACCGAGUUUGCCUCCAAAUCGUCCAAGACCCCACCAAGUGGAAGCACACCGUUAUGGUCAUGCCAAACCUCUACGGCGAUAUUCUCUCCGACCUCUGCGCUGGCUUGAUUGGUGGAUUGGGUCUAACACCGUCAGGCAAUAUCGGUCAAAAAGCCUCCAUUUUUGAAUCCGUCCACGGAACGGCUCCUGAUAUUGCGGGCAAGGACCUGGCAAACCCCACCGCGCUUUUGUUGUCGGCUGUGAUGAUGUUGAGGCACAUGAAGAUGGAUAAUCACGCGGAUAACAUUCAACAGGCGGUUCUGAAGACUAUUGCGGAGGGCAAGGCACGUACGGGAGACCUUGGAGGCAAGGCGACCAACACCCAAUUCACGGAGAAUGUGAUCUCCAACCUCAAAUAAAGAAACCACUCCCCAAUAUUUUAUCCAAAACCUCUUUUCCCUGAACGUAAUAUUAUUUUGUCUUGCUCUUUUCAACGAUGUGUGCUGUUUGAUCAUUAGAUGAAGCUGGGCCACAAUGAGGAUAUGGCUCGGACAUGGGAGGGCAUCUCAAAUGGCGUGCCAAUUUGGCGUGAUCCAACGCAAUUGUCUUGCAAAAAUACUGCAGAAUAUCCAUCACAAUAAAAUAAUUCGCAUUCUAACUAGCGAAAAAAAGGAUAGGUAACCUUUACGAAAUCAC